AUGCCGACGAAGAAUCCCACGGCGAAGCAAAGCGAGAAGUGGAAGACGCUCUUCUUCCAUAUCUCAUUCCUCUUCAACCCGUAG